CACGCUGUAGCAGUCAGAGUAUACACAUCCUGGUAGAAGGAAGGAGGCCGAGCUGCCUCUCCUGACUGAACUCACUUCAGCGAGUCAAGUUUGGGCUUUUUUUUUUGUGACUCAUCGCUGGCGGGAAGAAAGUAAGUCCCGAUCUCUGUCUCAAGAACUACUACCACUGCGGCGGCGUUCACGGACAGUUGAACUUUUCCCGUCUAACAACCAGGAAGAAGGAAAGCGGACAGAAAGUUGCCCGAAAGGACUUUGUGGUUUUAUUUUCGUCUAUGUAUACCAAGAUGGAAACUACUUUUUAUGACGACUCACUGAACGCUUUCUCCCAGCAAGACAGCGCCGGCUUCGGAUACAACACCUCCAAAGUCCUGAAACACAACAUGACCCUGAACCUGACGGACCCGGCGGGAUCGCUGAAGCCGCACCUCCGGGCCAAGGCAAGUGACAUCCUCACGUCGCCCGAUGUGGGGCUGCUGAAACUGGCCUCUCCGGAGCUGGAGCGGCUCAUCAUCCAGUCCAGCAACGGACUCAUCACCACCACGCCGACUCCGACACAGUUCAUCUGUCCCAAAAAUGUAACGGACGAGCAGGAGGGUUUCGCUGAGGGCUUCGUUCGAGCUCUAGCCGAGCUCCACCAUCAGCACAUGCCGGGAACCACGGGCGUUAGUGUCACUUCAGCGGCGCAGACUGUCAACACGCUCCUGCCGCCGGUCUCCUCCGUCGCCGGUGCCAACGGUUACAGCGCCGGGGCCUCUGACUCGCCGGUGUACGAGGAGCUGAACUCUUUUAACCCUGCCAUCAGCACGGUGUCGGUUCCGAGCUACACGACCUCCGCCCCGGCUAUGUCCUUCUCCGCAGCCCCGCCUCAGCUUCCCGUUUACGGACAGACCGGCCAACUCACCCGGCUCACGGCACUGAAAGAAGAGCCGCAGACGGUGCCCGAGAUGCCGGGCGAGACGCCUCCUCUCUCGCCCAUCGACAUGGAGAGUCAGGAGCGCAUCAAGGCCGAGAGAAAGCGCAUGAGGAACCGGAUUGCUGCCUCCAAGUGUCGGAAAAGGAAGCUGGAGAGAAUCUCCCGGCUGGAAGACAAAGUGAAAACUCUCAAGUCGCAGAACUCGGAGCUCGCCUCCACUGCCAACAUGCUGCGGGAGCAGGUGGCCCAGCUGAAGCAGAAGGUGAUGAACCACGUUAACUCUGGCUGUCAGCUCAUGUUGACGCAGCAGCUCCAGACCUUCUGAGCUGGUUUCCCUGGGCUGAGAAAAAGACUGUGGUUGAAUGAUCCGGACGCUUCCUGUAGCAGUGAGUGGAUGUGUGUCCAGAUUUGUCCCGACUUGGUUUGCGGGCGAUGUGGCGGGACACCGUCGGGAUCCGUGGGAGCGCUUGACCUCCUGAGGACGGUGCGCUCCCCAGCGGCGUGUUCCGGAGAGACACGGGACAGUGGCAGGCACACGGGCCAACACAGCAGGACACUUUUCUAAAAGUUUCUGUUCUUUUUACGGAACUGGUCGAGACUGAAUGUUUCUUUAGUUACUCCCAGCUUCGCAUGAACUUGGUCAUGACCGUCAACGGGGAAAGAAAUUCAGUAUUAAAAGAACCUGCAAUAGAGACUUUCUACAUGUAAAGCCAUAAAGGUCAAACCUGUUGGCCUGUUCUCAACGGCUGAAGAAGUUGCUUCUGAGUGUCAGUACAACAUUCUUGUUUUCUUAAUUGUAAGAAAGUUAGAAAAGCUUCAGGAUUUACUUUUCAUUGUAAAUUUGCUUGAUGAGGUUUCACUCAUUGUCAUAUGUAUAUAAGAUCAACUUGGAGUACUUAUGUUUACUGUUUGUAAUACUAAAACUUUUUUUUAUGUUUGUGUUCUGAGAACCUCAGAAUCCUAUCGAUAUUUAAGAAAUAAACCGUAUCAA